GCAACUCAGGAUAUCGCAAAGUUGGUCAGAGAGCCGGCAGCCCGCAACGCGAGUGUUUGCUGCCGAGUUGAUUCGAGUUUUGCCGUCGAUUGAAACGUUAGGGAGAAAAAGACAUUCGUAUAUCGUAAGAGGAAACUCGUCACGACGAGAUACAUCAUUGCGUUCCGUCAGCUUCGUAUCCGGUUACGUUUUUCUUAGUGUCACUUGUGUCGUUAAACGAUCCUCUUCCGGCUCCUUUUUGCCAUUUUAUUAGCAACACGGUUCCCUAUCGCUCUCCUGUUCCACUAUCAUUGCCCUUGUUUUGCUUCCACUUAAAACUUCGCGUCUCAUCUCCUCUGCUUCUUUCUACGUACCGCGCGCCACGUACGAGAGGGCAGAGAUUAAUCGGCUGCAGGGAAUCCAACGAGGAUUACAGUUUCCGUGGAGGAAAAAAAAUUGCUGGGAUAUCGAAAAGUCCGAUUCGCGAGUGAACGUACCGCUGUCACUGCCGCUGCUAACGCCGCUGCCGCGUAAAGAGUUGGUUAGCCAGAAUUUGGAUCAAUGAUCUAAGGCCGUGCAGAGAAGCUCGGGUCCUGCGCAAUUGGACGGUAGGAUAUAGCCCUACCGCCUUUCAGGGAAAGGGACGUGCAAAUCCUGCGCAAUACUCAACGCCAACAUUGUCCGCAUGAAAUCGCGGUGAGACAACCCGGUGACUUUCUCAUAGAAGAUUUUCUUCGAAAGUUUGUUGCUUCGCCAUGAGCACUACGGACCCUACCGGUGAAGGAGGAGGAGGAGGAGGAGGAGGAGGCGGAGGUGGAGGAGGUGGAGGAGGGGAAACUACUACGGCAUCACCGACAAAUGUUGAACAAAAUGCAUCUCCGGUUACACCGGUGAUCGGAAGUACUACGGUUCCACCGGGUUCUCAACAACAGCAUCCACCCCCAUCGCCGCUAAGCGGUUGUUACCUUCUCGUUGUGCUUCCAGAACCUCAUACCGCGCAACAUACAGAUCUCAUUUUGAAUCGCCUCGCAAAAGGUUUCCUGUCGUGGGAUAAGGAUAGUUGUCACGUAGAUUUAGAAAAAGAAUUAUUGGCGUUGGUGGCGCAAGCUCCCGAAGGAGAAGAAGCUAGAAAUGGCGAACGACUGAUCCAAUACGCCACCGAGAACCUUGUCACGGAGGUUCUCAUUCAUCCGCAAACGAACACUUUAUUACAGUGUAUUCGUAAUCUUCUUGCAAGUUUCACGAAACACCGACACAUUAUACACGCCGGCUAUACCUUUGGUGGAAAUGGUUCCUGGAUAUUGCAAGAUGGAACCUUUAGUCUCGCAGAUUUUCUAGACGCGUUCAGUGAACACGAAGUGCAAAGAGUUCUUCGCGCCUAUGAGAACAGUGUCACAGUAGAUAUCCAUUGCGCCGGAGUCGGCGAGUGGACUACGAGUCGACUGUCGAAAGAAGCCUGUACCAGAUCCUGUCGAGUUCGAGUAAAUCCCGAUGACGUCCUUACGGCGGGUGUGCCAGCCAUCACCAGUUUCACGAAUUAUGUCGGACAGUAUCUCGUUGCCCAGACAUUGGACCAGCUUAUGGAGCCGUCCGAUGUGGUGGGCAACAUUAGAUUUAGUCAUCCAACUUUGUACGUCUUCCCUGGCGGUCAAGGCGAUGCCGCACUUUUCGGCAUCAACGGUUUCAACAUGCUGGUGGACGGUGGUUUCGCCAGAAAGGCAUGCUUCUGGGACUUCACCAGACACUUGGACCGUCUCGACGCGGUUCUGGUUACCAGAAUAAACAACAGUAACGUGGGAGGCAUGUCUAGCGUUCUCCGAAAGAAGAGGGAGAUGCACGUUUAUCCUCAAAUUGGACACUUUUUCUGCAACCUAGUCGAGAGAAGACAAUCCAAUUCACCGGACGGGGACAAAGACAUCGAUCCGUUGAUCUUGAAUCUUACCGACAUCGGCCAAGAGAUGGUGGUCGAUCUUCGCCGCAUCAAUUUGAAGGCCCACCCCUGCUACAGGGAUCCGGACCCUAUCAAUCUCUACCACAAAGUGGGCCACGGCACCCUGGACAUGUACGUUCUGAGCCCGAACAAGGACAGCCGCGAAGUGAGGGAAUUCCUGGCGAAAUGGCACUCGUCCGAUUCGAAACUGUUCGCGGGAUCGCACAGAAAAGACUCGAACAACGUAACUUUUCCCAUUCAAAAUCUCGUCUCGAUAUGCGCGCUUCUGGUCUGGCAACCGGCCAAUCCGGAGGACACGAUCACGAGAAUUCUGUUUCCCGGCAGCACGCCGCAGCAAAAGAUCUUCGAAGGUUUCGAACGUCUGAAACACUUGGAAUUCCUCAAACAUCCGGUCUGCUCGGCGAAGAGUCUCUCGCCGUCCGCGUCAUUGGCGACGCUGCGCGACAAACCGGCCAGACAAAAGUUCAGCCUGAUAGAGAAAGACGCGAAGAAGGUGAGCACCGAGGCGAAGAAAGAAAAGAAGGAACCGUCCGACGGGAAAGGAGUGAAGGGUGAAGAAAUAGGGAAGGGCGGUACACCGAUCAUCCCGACGAAGCCUCAAGCGAUAGCUGCGGUGACGGCUGCGGCCGAGGCGAAGAUGAGAAAAGCCGCAGCGGAGAGCAAGAAAUUAGAGGUUGAAGGAAAAGAAACUAAAGAGAGCAAAAAGAUGGAGAAAGAAUUAAAGGAAGCGAAGAAAGAAAAGUCAGAGGUAGAAAAGCCUGAGAAACGUGACGAGACCGGUAAACCGGAAACGGAGAAGACGACGGUUGCUCCGAAGGAGCCGAAACCGCCCAAGACAUCGAGGGUGGACUCGAGAAGGAGAGAAACAAAGGAUACAAAGGGAGUUGCCGCACCGAAAGCUGGAAAGAUCGAUACCGCGCCGAAGCCUAAGCCUAUCGAGAGGAGGGCAAAGCAACCGACCAGCGCGGACAAGAAGGAUACCGGUCCGGCCGUGAAAUCCUCGCCGACCACCCCGAAGAAGGUGGUGAACGGCGCGGCAACGAAGACGGAGAUAACCAGAGGAGGCGUCGCGAAAGGGAAGCCAACGGUAGGUCAUAGACCCGUGACUGCGGCCCCGGCGAAGAGCACCAAGGACGCGAAUAACAGAAAAGUGGUGGAGCAGAAGAACAUAGAAAAAUCGGCGAUAAAAGAAGCCGCACCGGGGACGGCUGUGAGUACGUUGAAAGCGACGGCAAAACCGAAACCGAUGGAUAGAAAAGGAGGUAUCAGUCGUCGGGGCAAGCCGGUCAGCCCGAGCAAAGCUCGCAUGCCCGGCAGCCCGGCGAAAUCGACUCGUAGCACGCCCACGGCUUCCGUCAAGUCCGACAAAGACGGCGUCGUUCGUAAAACGAAGGGCGACAGGGGCACGACCGAUUCGUCCACAGUGUCGACUCCCUCAGGAAUCGAAGCGGAAGCGGGAACGCGGCUCGUAGACAAGGGUCUGAUGGAAAAGUCGGAGGACAUUUCGUUGGAUUCGAUCGAGAGCAAGGUACUGGCGGACCUGAAAGAGGAACGCGAAGUGGUGGAGGAGAUCGAGGCGGUUCUCCAGAAGGCGGAACGCAUCGAAGAGGGCGCGAGGAAGGAGGAUCGUUUCGAGGGUGACGACGAAAUUACCGCGGAGGUAACUGAUAAAAAAGAGGAAGACAUCACCGAGGAGGAUGUAACCGCCGAGAUCGAGGACGCGCCGAAGAAGGACAGCCUCCGAAAAGGCAGUCAAGAAUUGACCGAAGAGGACGAAUACCUGAUUGUGGAAAAGGAGGAGGUGUACACGGAAGAUUCCGCGCAGAGCGGGGACGGUGAACAGAAGCACGUGUUGGACGAGGCCGAGUCGGAGAAGGUGAAGAUGUUAAAGGACAUGGAAACGGUGAAGGAGAAAGGUACGGAAGAAGAAGUCGAAGAGAAAGAAAAGGACGAAAGCGUGGAGAAGAAACUGAAAGUGAGGUCCAGAAAAGGUGCGGAAGAAGAGGAGGAGGAGGAAGAGGAAGCUGAGGAGGGUGAAGAGGAGGAGGAAGAAGAAGAGGAAGAGGAGGAGGAGGAAGAAGAGGAGGAAGAGGAGGAAGAAGAGGAGGAGGGUCACGAAGAAGAAAGGGAAGAAGAAGAAACUGCUGAACCUAUCGAUCUGUCGCCCGAUCGUCGCGAACGAUUGGAAGAAGAGAUGAAGAAGGACGCUGUCGUCGCGUCGCCGACAGACGCCGUACAACCGAGACACGAAGAAAGGGAAGAUUCUGUUAAGAGAGACAGCGAAGAUAUCACGAAGGAACCGUCCAGUUUGAGCCCGGACAAGUUCGAUUUAUCCGAGAAGAAGACCAGCGAUACCGAUUUGAAACCGGAAGCCGAUCAAAAGGAGCAAAUGCCGGAGAAGCUGGAGGAAUCGCAAGAACGCAUCUCGACCGUGGAAUCCGGUGCCACGACCACGGCGCCGACGCUCCCCGAAGACGAGCGUAUACCGAUGGACGAAAUAAAGGAGGACAUCGACGAGAAACACGUAAUCGAGGACGUGAAGGAGAAGGAGGCGCCAAUAAAAGCUAAAGAAGAAGAGAUCGCCGUGGCGGCCGUGACGACGAGUACCGGUGCCGUGGUCACUCCAACCCCAACUUCCGUCGGCCUCCCUACCGGAGUCGCCGUUUCCCGCACCGUCCCUUCGGUUCCGGUUAAACCGGAUGUCCAACAGUUCGACGUCAGACAAGCCACGCAAAUGAUGCAACGUGACAUCGUCAAGACACCCGACGAAGUAGCCGACUUACCCGUUCACGAAGAGGUCGAUCCGAAAUUGUACCGAAUGGAAGACUUCGAGAAAGAGAAAGAGGAGAAAGUAUCCCCACCGAUACAGGAAGUCAAAGAGCCUCCCACGCCACCGAUCAAAGAGCAGAAGGGAGUGUUCAGCUUCUUCGGAAAAGUUGCCGAUAAAUUUGAAAAGGGUAUCGACAAGUUGACGAAGAAAUCGAAGAAGGAGCAGGACAAGGACACUGACGAUAAAUCCUCCUCCAAGUCCAGCUCGCCGAAGGAGGUGAAGGUGCAGGAGAAGACCCUUCUCGAAGAGGUCGACAUGGACAAAAUGUUCCCGAAAGUGACCAAGCCUACCGAAAAGGUAGAAGCUCCACCUGUUGAAAAGGAAGCGAAGGUCGAUCAUAGAAAACCUUCGAUCGUCGAAGAAACUGUCUUGAAAAAGGAGGAGGUGAAACUCGAGGAAAAACCUGCCGUUGCAAUUCCCGAGGUUAAAGAAAAACCUGCCGUUGCAGUUCCCGAGGUUAAAGAAAAACCUGUCGUUGCAGUUCCCGAGGUUAAAGAAAAACCUGUCGAAGAACCAGUUAAGGAGGAGAAGGAAAUUAAACCCGUGCCUGAACCUAAACCCGAAAUCGAACCCGAAAUUGUAUCGAAAACCGUACCCGAGUUGGAUCGCAAACCUGCACCCGCCACCGAGGAACUUGUAACAGCCGAAACAAAGGAUGUUGCUGUUGUCCCAGAAAAGAAGGAGAAAGAGAAGGAAAAAGAAAAAGAAAUAGAAAAGGAAAUAGAAAUAGAAAAAGAGAAGGAAAUAGAAAUUGUAAAAGAAAAGGAAAUAGAAAUAGAAAAAGAGAAGGAAAUAGAAGCUGUAAAAGAAAAGGAAAUAGAAAUAGAAAAAGAGAAGGAAAUAGAAGCUGUAAAAGAAAAGGAAAUAGAAAAAGAGAAGGAAAUAGAAACUGUAAAAGAAAAGGAAACAGAAAUAGAAAAAGAAAAAGAGAAGGAGGAGGAAGAAAAGAAGAAAGAAGAAAAGGAAGAGAUAGUAAAAGUCGACGCUCAAAUUGGAAAGGAAGAAGAGGUGGUCGAAGGAGUAGAAGAAGACACAGAGGAAAUAAAAGCAUUACUAGAGGAAGCAUCAAAGAAAUUUAAGACAGUGAAGGAUAGCUUAAGAGAUUCUUUGGAGUCCUUGGAAGGGAAGAUCGUUGACGAGGAGCCUGAGGAGGACGCAGUUUCAGCUCCUCCAGUGAAGGACGUCGUUAAGGACACUUUGGAAGGCGUCGUGGAGAAACUGGAAGCGAUUAAGCCGCAUAUCGAAACCGUAUCGACCGAAAGUAAAGAACCUGAGAAAGUAAAAUUCGACAUAGCAAAGGACGAAACUUUCGAAGCGGAACACGAAGAAAUAAGUGCGAUGACAGUCACUGCCGAUGUCCCAGCUCCUGGUAUCCCGGUAAAGGACGUGAAGGAGGCGGUGCGCGAUGUCGGAGAGGUCCUCGCGGGAACCGCCGGUAUCGACAUCGAGGAGAAACCGAAAGAUGUCAUAGAAAUCGUGAAGAAAGUCGCCCAAGUGUUGAAAGAAGACGAUUUUCCGCUGGAGGUGUUGCUAGAAAAACCGGCAGCAAAAGAAAAAGAAAAGGAGAUCGAGAGCGAGGAUAAGAAACUCGCGGCGAUCGCGAUGCCAACCAAAGUCGGCGUUACCGAAGUAUUUCCCCAUCCACAAGAAGAGAUCGAGGAGCUGGUCGAAGGCAAGGUUGAAGUCGCGCCGUCGCCGGUUUCGAUCGAACCGCUCGAAGAACCUUGUUUAAAAUUAAGAAAAACCACGGAGGAGAUCCGCCCUCCGCCGGACGAGAAGGAGAAGAAGGACGAGCGCGACGCGAAGCAGAUCUGCGAGGAGAUCCUGAAGGGAGAUUUGAAGAUUCCUGUAGGAAAAGAAGCUGCAGCGCCGAGCGAGAAAGUUGAGCCUUUAAAAAUGGAUGUAAUGGAAGCUGGAAUAGAGGAUAUCUGCGUAAAGAAGCACACUGAAGUGGGUACGGACGAAGAGGAAACUGUGAUCGGUUUCGAUCAGAAGCUUUCCCCUGCGAAAGCGGAAAUCGUAACCGUUUCCGCCGGUUCUACACCAGCUUCCCCUAAAUUUAUCACCGAUAGAGAGAAACAAUUAGAAGGCCGUCGAAUGUCUGUUCAACUAGCGACAGAAAUAAAAGCGAUCGUCGACAAAGCAGAUCGCACUGUGACAGAGAUCAUCGAGGAACUCGUCGUGAAAAAGAAGCGAAUCACGAUCGAGAUCAUCGAAUACAUUAUCACGAUCAAACGAGUAUCCCGGGAACGUAUAAUUUACAUGAUCCACGAGAUUAUCAUAAGAAAAGGACUUUCCGCGAAGGACGUUGUCGAGGAUGUUGAAAUGUUAAAGAUCGACGAAAAAUUAAUUUCGACGGAAUUGAGGAUGGACGUGGAGGAGCAUAUUUUCAACGAAUACAUUACAAAAGGAAUUCGUGUAAUCACCAUUCAAAUAAUCGAAGAAAUCUGCGUGAGAAUGAUCCUCUCGAGAACGAUCGUGAUUCGAAUCAUUCGGGAGAUCAUCUCGCGAAGGACGAUCGACAUUUCUGUUGCCCCGGACGUAUCGUUGGAACCGGAAACAGAAACGAAACCAGAGAAGGAGGCGAGCCCGCCAUUGCCUGCUGAUGAGAAACUGGAAAAGGAACCUUCCCCGAAAUUGGAGGAAAAAGAAAAGGAACCUUCUCCAAAACUAGAGGAUAAAGAAAAGGAACCUUCACCAAAAUUAGAGGAAAAAGAAAAGGAACCCUCCCCGAAAUUGGAAGAAAAAGAAAAGGAAAAAGAAAAGGAACCUUCUCCAAAAUUAGAGGAUAAAGAAAAGGAACCUUCACCAAAAUUGGAAGAAAAAGAAAAGGAUUCUUCUCCAAAAUUAGAGGAUAAAGAAAAGGAACCUUCACCAAAAUUAGAGGUAAAGGAAAAGGAACCUUCACCAAAAUUAGAAGAAAAAGAAAAGGCACCUUCACCAAAAUUGGAGGAAAAGGAAAAGGAGGAGGUUGAGGAGGAAGACGUAGAAGAAGACGGUUUCGUUCGCAUCGAAAGUAGAAGAGUUUCAAGAGACACGAUUUCCCAGUUGGACCAGAAACCGACAAAGGCUCCUGCGGAUCGUCCGGAGCCGACUAAAGAAGCCGAGGAGAAACACGAUCGAGAGACUGAGAAAGAAGACGACUUCGAAGCGGUUGAGCAAGAGUUAAAAGUACACGAUGUACCAUCGAUCGUUUCCGACGAGAAGCGUGUAAUCGAUUCGUUGUCAGCUAAACCAGACGAACCCAGGGAACGAGAGGAAGCGGAGGAAGCCGUGGAAGAGGUUGGCGCCGACGUUAUCGAAGCUGAUGAAAAGUUCGUGCACGAGACAAAGGAGAAAGCGGAGAAGAAGGACACAGGGAUCAUUGAAACGCGCAAAGAGGAAAUCAUUAGUGAAGAUAAGAAGUUGAAGGAUGUUGUCGCGAAAGCGGAAACACCAGCGGAAAUAGCGGAGUCUCUCGAUACCGUGGAGAAGUACUUGGAUGAAGCAAAAGAAAAGGAAGAGGAGCGAGUUGUUGGUAAAGUGGUUGAUAAGGAAAAACCAGAGGAAGUUAAAGUUGAACCAGAAGUGAAAAAAGAGGAUAUAUCCGUUGGGAAACCUUCUGACCAAGCCGCAGUAAAGGAAGCAGCGAAACCGGAAGCACCUCUCGUCGCUGAAAAGGACAAAGAAAAAGAUAAACCAAAAGAAGAAAAAGCAGCACCGCUCGAGAAGGAAGCAGAAGUGGAGGUACCAAAGGAUAUUCCACUGAUUAAAGCUGCCGAACCGAUCGUUGACAUUGAUCUUAAACCAAAAGAAACUGUAAAAGAGAAAGAGGAGGAAAAGGAGAAAAAGGAAGUUGAAAGUCCUGAAACAAAAGUCGAAAAAGAGAAAUCGAAAACUCCGUCGCCGGUUCGGGAAGAAGUAACCGAGCCUUCGAAGGAAUUACCCUCGCCAGCCACCACCCCCGCCACCAUCACUGCCAAAGAAACUCACGACGUCAAGCCGAAGCCCGAGGAAGACGCGGGAUUCGUUCGACGGAUGUUGGUGACAGCGAGCAGCGAGGACGGCGGACAAGAGACGGAAAUCUGUGCGACCGACAGCGCCGCGAUCAGCAAACCGAUCACCCCCGACGAUUCCUUGAAAGACACUUCGAUUAAGUCAACGCCCGACAAGGAUUCUUUGAUUACUGAUAAAGAUUCGCUGCGUUCUGAAACGAGCAGUCCGGAGAAGGAUAGCAUCUCCGAGAAAUCGGCAGCAGAACUUAAAGAUGUUGGAAAAGUAACGCCCGAGGACAGUUUGGAAAAAUCACCAGUCGACCGGUUCGAUUCCAGUUCCCAUGAACUUGAAGACAGUUUGGAGAAGGCCGCAGUUGUUGAAAAACCGAAGGAACCGGAGAGCAUUCCCGUUUCCGUUUCCGCCAAGGAAGAGCUGCCUAAAUCUCCAAAGGAGGAAUUACCUAAAUCUCCAAAAGAGGAAUCGCCAUUGGAAGAGGCGAAGAAGAUCCCCGAAGUGACCCCGAAGACUGAAAAAGCGAUCGAAUCACCGAUCGCGGAGAAGGCGCCAGUCUCGGUUGAGAAACGACCGAGCCUCGCCGAAACGCUUGAUGCCGAAAUUCCCGCGGAGAAAAGGAAAUCUUUGGACAUAGGUGUAGUAAAGUCACCAGAAUCGUUACGUUCGGAAGAUGUAUCACCGGCAGAGACGAUCUUCGAGAAAUCGCCAACGGACAAAAAAGAAACGACACAAAUUCUAGACGCGAUCCAAGACUUAGAACCAUCCGAAGUAGUUGUUUCCACGACUGAAAAGUCGCCGAUCGAAGCAGCGAAGCCUGCAUCGAAAGAAGCGUCGCCUGAACGAGUCGAAGAAGAAAAAGUAAAAUCUCCUGUUGAGAAAAAAGAGGAGAAGGCAAUUGUUGAGACACCGCACGAGAAAAGUCCCGAAGCAGCUAAAGAUAAACCGCUGGCUAAAGAUGAGAAGGUGGAGGAAGGAGAAAAGGAAACGAUUGUCAUCGACAAAGAGAAACCCGAGGAGAAGGAUGCGAAGGUGGAGGAAAAGUCUCGUACUCCGAGCAUAACUGCACCAACCGAAUUAGAUUUGAAGGAAACAGUUGAAAAACAGCUGGAAAGCCCACCGAAGUCUGCUGUUGAGGCGAAGAUACCCGAAGUCGAUAAAGACAAAUCUCCGAGCAAAAUUGAAGAGAAAGUGGAGAAAGAGGAGGAAAAAGUAGAAACGAUAACAGACCUGAAAGCACCGAGACGCGAUUCGAAGUCGCCGAGUCCGGCGGAGUCGAUCGCCACGGAACCAAGGAAAUCCGUCACGGAAGAAUCAAAGUCUCCCAGUAUUUCCCCGGAAAAACCAGAACCGAAAGUGCUCGAUAAAGAUAUCGAUAAGGAGAAGGAGAAGAAAGCGAUCGAAGAGCCUGUGAAAGUCGAAAAGACGACGGAAGAGAAAACAUCUCCGCCUACCGCGGACAAAGUAACCAAAGCAGACAAAUCACCUGUAGAAGAUAUCGUAAGCGCGAAAAUGCAGCCGGAAGUGGAACGGAAGGAAUCAGUUGAAACGUUGUUGAAAGAUGAUUUGAAGAAACCCGAGGAAGCGAAGAAAGUUUCUGAACUACCGAUCGAUACAGUCGAACCGAGCAAAGACUCCGUUGAGGAAGCUAGUGGAAAAUCAAGCCCAGCUAGCGUCGCGAGUGUCCGUGACGAGGACUCAAAACCAUCGAUGGAUCGUUCGAAGUCCCCAAGCAUUGUUGGCGAAGUUGUAGAUUUCAAAGAUGUCGAGGUAAAGGAGAAAUCCAAGUCUCCUGAUGCAACGCCUGCUCCCACCGAUCUGAAAGAAUCAGUAUCGCCGACUAUUACUGAAAAACCAACAGAUUUGAAAGAAGACACCGUGGCGACGACGGUGGAGAAAUCUAGGUCACCCAGUGUAACGAGUCUUCCAGCGGAAUCGGCAGAUAUCGUAGAUCGUUCGAAAUUGCCAACCACAGUGGAUGAAGUUAUGGAGAAGAAAGAUGUAGAAACUGUUUCUGCUGCUGUAGAAGAGAGCAAAGAAGCGAAGGAGCGUUCGAAAUCGCCGAGCAUUUCGGGAGAAGCAGUCGAUUUAAAGGAUACUGUGGACGUGAAAGCGGUUGAAAAAUCUAGGUCGCCCUCAGAGGAACCAAAGGACGUGAAGGUGGAUGAAAAAUCUAGAUCGCCUUCGGAGGAGCCAAAGGACGUGAAGGUGGAUGAAAAGUCUAGGUCGCCCUCGGAAGAACCAAAAGAUAUAAAAGAAGUUGAAAAAUCUAGAUCCCCUUCGGAGGAACCAAAAGACAUAAAAGAGGUUGAAAAAUCUAGAUCCCCUUCGGAGGAACCAAAAGAUGUGAAGGUAGAUGAAAAAUCAAGGUCGCCCUCAGAAGAGCCAAAGGAUGUGAAAGCAGUGGAGAAAUCUAGAUCGCCCUCAGAGGAACCAAAGGACGUAAAAUCAAUAGAGAAAUCUAGAUCGCCCUCGGAGGAACUGAAGGACGUGAAGGUCGAAGAAAAAUCUAGAUCGCCUUCGGAGGAACCAAAAGACGUAAAGGUGGAUGAGAAACCUAAAUCACCUUCAGAAGAGCCAAAGCUCACAAAAGAGGCUGAAAAAUCUAGAUCGCCCUCGGAAGAGCCAAAAGACGCGAAAUCAAAAUCACCGAGUAUCGCCGACGAGAUGAUCGAUGUAAAACAUACCGAAGCAAAAUCGGUCGAAGAACCUACCGAUCGUUCAAAAUCACCCAGCAUUUCUACGGAAGUCGCCGAUCAGAAAGACGUGUCUGCUAAAGAAGCAGAUCGAUCCAGAACGCCUAGUGUAACCAGCAUUCCCACCGUGGAACCGAAAGAAACCUCUGACAAGUCUAAAUCCCCAAGUAUCUCAGAAGAGCCAAUAGACAAAAUCGUAUCUUCCGUUAUGACAGCUGCUGCUCCAGUCGUAGACGCGAAGGAAGGUUCAAAAUCUCCCAGCAUCGCAGGUGAACCGACCGAUCUGAAAGACCUCGACGCAGAAUCGAUCGAAAAAUCGAGAUCCCCCAGCGUGGCCAGCAUCCCUGCAGAAUCGAAAGAGCCAGACACCAAAGCACCCGAGAAAUCAAGAACACCGAGUAUAUCGAGCAUUACCGUAGAACCGAAGGAAAGUACAACCGCUUCGAAAUCACCGAGCAUUUCCGGAGAAGCUGUAGACUUGAAAGACGUUGACGAAAAAGUAAUCGACAAAUCGAGAUCGCCAAGCAUAGCGAGUGCUCCCGCGACUGAGCCUAAGGAUUCGAAAGAACCAUCAAAGUCGCCGAGCAUCGCUGGUGAACCGGUCGAUUUAAAAGCUCUUGAAAAAUCUAGAUCUCCCAGUGUGACGAGUGUGCCCGGAGAAUCGAAAGAACCCACAGAUCGUUCCAAAUCUCCGAGUAUUUCAGGAGAGUCAGUCGACGAGAAAGCAGUUGAAAAAGCUACAUCUCCUACCGUAACAACCGCUCCAGCAGAAACUAAAGAAGAUACCAAAGAGCCUUCGAAAUCACCGAGUAUCGUCGGUGAGUCGAUCGAUUCCAAAGUGUUGGACGUUAAAAUAGAAGAAAAGUCAAGAUCUCCCAGUGUGACGAGUGUUCCUGAACAGAAGGAAGCAAGCGAUCGCUCGAAAUCGCCUAGUAUUUCUGGAGAAGCGAUCGAGUCGAAGGAAGUUGACGCGAAAGCGAUCGAGAAAUCUAGAUCGCCUAGUGUAACAGAUACCGCUGCUGUCAGCGCUGAUGUUAAGGAUUCAAAGGACCAUUCGAAAUCACCGAGCAUCGCGAGUGAACCAGCAGACAUCAAAGAUGUCGACGUUAAAUCCGAAGAAAAAUCCAGGUCUCCAAGUGAAGCGAUCGAUCGAUCAAAAUCGCCCAGUAUUUCUGGCGAGGUGAUCGAUUCGAAAGACGUAGAGGAAAAAGCAAGCGACAAAUCCAGGUCGCCUAGCGUAACUGGCGUUCCUGUCUCUGCUCCUGCACAGAAAGAUUCAAAGGAACCUUCGAAAUCGCCGAGUGAGCCUUCCGAAUCGAAGGAGCUCGACAUCAAAGUCGACGAAAAAUCCAGAUCUCCCAGUGUAAGCAGCGUUCCCGGAGAGUCGAAGGAAACGAUCGACGGUUCGAAAUCGCCAAGUGUCUCGGGAGAGCCGAUCGACUCGAAGGACAUAGACGAGAAAGUUGUAGAUCGUUCUAGAUCGGCUAGCGUAGCGAGUGUUACCGCUACCAUCGAGCGGAAAGAUUCAAAGGACCGUUCGAAAUCGCCGAGCAUCGCCGAGGAAAUGGUUGAUUCGAAGGCGUUCGACGAGAAAGCAGCCGACAAAUCCAGAUCUCCGAGCGUGACGAGUCUAACGAGCGUAACAAGCAUAUCUAGCGCUCCAGUGAUCGAACCGCAAGACCUCAAAGACCGUUCGAAAUCGUCGAGCAUUGCCGAGGAACCCACCGAAAUGAAAAUUCUCGACGUUAAGAUCGGCGAAAAAUCAAGAUCUCCUAGCUUGACGAGUACUCCAGGAGAAUCGAUCCACGAAGAGGCGUUGGACAAAUCCAGAUCAUCGAGCGUCACGAGCGUUCCUGUAAUCGAAUCGAAGGAUGCGAAGGACGAUUCUAAAUUGCCGAGCAUCGCGUCUGAGAUUGCCGAUUCGAAGGAUAUUCACGCGGCGGAGGUAGCUGAAAAAUCUAGAUCCCCCAGUAUUGUCGGCGAAUCGAAAGAUGUUUCACCCACUGGAAUUCCAGCGGAUGCCAAAGAUAAAUCAAGAUCACCGAGCGUAUCCAGCGUUUCCGUCGAAUCGAAGGAAACGGAAAAUCGUUUAGAAAAAUCACCGAGCAUUCCCGAAGAAGAAAAAUCGAAAAUCCCUGGUGUAACCGAGGAUUCAGUUAGUAAGGAUGCAAAGGAUCAAUCGAAAUCGCCGAGCAUCGCUGACGAGAUGAUUGAUCUGAAGGACCUCGAUAAAGAACCGAUUAAAAAGUCCAGAUCUCCCAGCGUAAUUAGCCCUGCGGAAUCGAAGGAGAGCGUAGAUGGUUCCAAGUCUUCGCCUACUUCCACCGAUGUGCCUGAGCCGAAACAGACGGACGCUAAAGUAAUCGAUAAAUCCAGAACACCGAGUAUUUCCAUGGAAUCGAAGGAAAUCGCGGAUCACUCGAAAUCGCCGAGUAUUUCCGAGGAAAUAGUUGAAUCGAAACGCGUUGGGGACGUUCACGAGGUUGACGAGAAGGUAGUGGACAAAUCAAGAUCUCCCAGCGUGACAAAAGAAAUGGUGGAUCAUUCGAAAUCGCCGAGUAUUUCGGGAGACGUUGUUGAUGCAAAAUCCGAGGAUAAAUCUAGAUCGCCGAGCGUAACUAGCGCUCCUGCGAUUGAACACAAAGAUUCGAGAUCGCCGAGUAUCGCAGCUGAACUGGCUCUUGAUGUUAAAAUAGCCGAAAAAUCGAGAUCUCCUAGUGUAACGAGUACUACAGGAGAAUCGAAAGAAGCGGAUCAUUCGAAAUCGCCGAGCAUUUCGGGAGACGUUGUUGACGAAAAAGUAAUUGACAAAUCCAGGUCUCCUAGCGUGACCAGUGUGCCUGGAGAAUCGAAAGAAACAGCGGUUCAUUCGAAAUCGCCGAGCAUUUCGGAAGACGUUGUCGACGAAAAAGUGAUCGAUAAAUCCAGAUCGCCGAGUGUGACAAGUGCUUCUGCGAUCGAGCCUAAGGAUUCGAAAGAACCAUCAAAAUCGCCGAGCAUCGCUGGCGAACCAGCAGAUCUAAAGAGCCUGGACGUUAAGACGGAUGAAAAAUCCAGAUCUCCCAGCCUGACGAGUACUCCCGGAGAAUCAAAAGAAGCAGCCGAUCGCUCAAAAUCGUCGAGCAUUUCCGGAGACACGGUCGAUUCGAAAGAAUCUAGUGAAGUUAAAAAGACGAUCGAGGAAUCGAGGAAACUCAGCGUAUCCUCCGAGGCGAAGGAUACCAGCGGAGUUGCAUCGAAAUCGCCAUCGCCGAGCGUCGCCGGAGAGGCGAUCGAUUCUAAGGAUCUUGACGCGAUUACCAUUGAAAAAUCCAGAUCACCCAGUGUAGCGAGUAUCCCGGAGAAACCGAAAGAUUCAGCCGCGGAGCGUUCGAGAGCACCGAGCGUUUCUUUGGAGCCGUCUCCUCCGAAAGACGCUAAGUCGAAGGAAAUCAUGGAGGAGAAAGAAAAAUCGCCUGUAAUUUCUGAAAAGCCCGAAGAUUCGUCGACAGGAAAAACGCUGAAAGAUGACAAAUCUCCAUCCGAAAGUUUGCACGAAACCAAAGAUAUAACACGAUCGAUCAUCGAAACGGUUGUUACCGUCAAGAAGGAAGAAGAUUCGCAAAAAUUGGAGGAAAAGAAACCAUCGACGGAAGUGACGUUGGAGAAGACGAAAGUUGAAAUUGUUUCGAAAGCAGCAGAGAAAGAGGAAAAGAUGACAGACAAAAAAGAGCAAAUGUCUUUCGAGCCGGGCGCCCAAACUACCUCGCCAGAGCAAAUGAAAGGACGGGCAUCAAAAGUGUCAAUCGAGAAAGAAGCCGAGAUUAAAAGAUAUGUUUUAGACAAUUAUGCAUCCAAGAAGAAGGAGAUCACAGCCUCUGCGAUAAAAGAAAUCUGUAGAAUUUACUCGGUGUCCGAAUCGUUGGUGAUAGAUAUCAUCGUGGACACGGUUUCCAUCGAAGAAUGCAUGCGUAAAGACAUAAUGGGUUUAGAUAUCAGCAGCGAGGGUAAACUAGGAAAAGUUCUCGCGGAGGAUAAAGCGAGUACGAGGAGCAUGAGUCCAAGUUCGGACCAGAUCCCCUCCGAUAAAUCAACGCAGGAUAGUCCGGCACGUUCGGAACCGCAUAUCGACGAGGAGAUUACGAUAUCGGAGGAGAAGAGGACCGAGAUCGAGAAGCUUGUAGAGGAGGAGUACGUUAAAAAGGGGAGGAAGAUCACAGAGUUGAUUUUAGAAGAGAUAAUCAUAAGAUCCUCUCUGCCCCGGUACAUUAUUUUGGAGAUAAUCGAAGAGAUCAUUUGGAAGAGGAAACUCUCGCGAGACACCGUGAUAGACAUCGAGAUCUAUCAAGAGGAGGAAGCCGACGACGAAGAGGUGAAAGCCGCCGACGCCGCUAUCGUCGCCGCUUUCGAAAGAGGCGAAGAGCAACGCUUCCGUCUCGAAAAAUCGCCGUCGGAAUCCCGCUACGAACACCUUCACGACGCCGGAAUUAAACCUUCUUCCACUUGCGAUUACAAGGUAACCGAGUACUCGGAAGAGGCGGCCAAACGACGCUCGAUAACCGACCAUCCGGCCAGUUACGAGAGCCAAUUCCAGAAAGCGUUCGCGGCUGGAAUGACCGAAAUACGUACAACUCACAUUACCACGCUGUCAGGUAAAUCAACGCCAGACCUGACUCGCGACGGAACACCAGAUUCUACCUCUGAACCCACGGCUUCCACCGUCGAGAGGGUCGAUGAUAAAUCCAUCGGAGGUGCUGCUAGAAAAUCCGAUAUUGCCGCUUCACCGGACAAAGAUACCACCUGUUCGAUACGGACGACGCAAACUUCGAUAAUCCAGGAACCAGUGGAAAAGCGUACCACGCAGAUGGUCACCGUGUUGAAAGAAAGCAAGAUCGGUGAACCGGAAACUAUUCGAGUCUCCGAGGACUCGAAGCAAAGCAGGAAAAUAAUCGAUUGGGAGGAGCAGGAAGAACCCGAGACGAUUCAUAGGAUCGUAAGGCGGGAAAUUAUCGAACAGGAGGAACCGGUGGUGAUUACCAAGGUUAUCAAGCGCGAAGUGAUCGUACCCGAAGAUGAAGUUCUCGAGAAGGAGGAUCUGGAAGUGUUGAAGUCGACAGUGACGAGCGGGGAAACGGUUUCCCGGCUGAUCGAAACCGUCAAGACUGAAGCAAAGAAAAUUCUGGUUACUGAGAAAUUAGACGAAGGAAAAAGUUCGGUAGCCGAUACAUCUUCUACCGUCGAGAAGAUUAAGAGCGGCGAAGAAGUUGUAAAAGAAAAAGAAGUGAAAGGAGGAGAAAUUGAAGUUAAGGAAAAGAAGGUACCGGAAAAAGUAGAGAAAAGUGCCGUCGCUUCGGACAGCAGCAUCCUUCAUUCUCAACUUCCCGAACGAACUUCUACUCCCGAUAGGAGACCCGAUUGCAGAUCGUUAACAGGCACGCCGGAAGGCUUCCGAUCAGGCGAAGUAAUCAGGACCAUCAUCACCACCACGAAAACGGUGUCUGACGAUGGCGAGAUCGUAACAACCACCAGGGAGGUCACGGAAACGACUAAUGAGAAAGGUGAAACGAUAAUUUUGGCGGAGAAAGUCGACGUGAAGGUAGACGAAUACAUACCCAGCAAAGAUUGCAUCGAACUGCAUCCACACGCAAUUGAGGGUACAUCGAAGACACCUGCUUUGGAGGAUACGAAGAAAGAAAAGGAAACGGAGGGAAAACCGAUCGAAUUCACCGCGGCUGAUAUGAGUAGCAGCAUUUACGGCCAAUUACCCGUUGUCCCACCCGAAUCCGCUCCCGUUAAAACGCUGGACACCGUUCGCAAGAGCACCGAUCCCAUUCCCAUCAAAACUGACCAGGAUUACUCGUUCAAACGAUUCACAGUGGAGAAAGAGUACGCCGGUGCGUACGAGGAGAAACACGAAGCAAAGAAAUACAUCGACGAAGCUGAUCUCGAUUUCGAGAAAGCUCUGAUGGAAAGGAAGGAAACGAAAGAGUCGUCGCAGAGGUACACGAACGGUAGCGUUCGAGGAGAAGGCUCCUCCGAGAGGACCGUGCCCGAGGACGCUGCUAAGGAAGAUUCGAAGAAGGAUUCGAAGAAGGAUUCGAAGAAAGAUCCCCUGGAGGGUUGGGGCACUCCUUUGGGUCUUCCUUCCCCUAAACCACCCCAUAAAUUUAACUUGAAGAACACUGUACCGAGUACAAGUUUCGCGGUACCAUCAAAUUUGACCCAACACCUUCCGACAACUUCCAGCAUCGAAAACGAUGUGCGACUAAACGUCGAUGUAAUUAGCGACUGGGACGAACCGCUUGGAUUACCUUCUCCGGCUCCCGUGACAAACGAAAUGUCGAACAAGGCCGCGCCAGGAACACCAAAGAAGGAAAAGAAACAAGCUAGGAAAGUAUUGUCGGAGAACUUGAAGAACAAGAAACGCUCGGAGAGUCCUGCGAAGAAUGAGAAGAAGAUCAAGGAUUCGAAGAACAAGGUUCAACCGGUGUACGUCGAUUUAACCUACGUUCCUCAUCACGGAAAUUCCUAUUACACUUCGCUGGAGUUUUUCAAAAGAGUCCGUGCUAGAUAUUACGUAUUCAGCGGUACUGAACCGAGUCGAGAAGUGUACGAUGCAUUGCUUGAAGCUAAACGGACUUGGGAAGACAAAGAUCUCGAAGUGACCAUGAUACCAACUUACGACACGGAUACUCUGGGAUACUGGGUGGCCGACAACGAAGAGGCCUUAGCUGCGAAUCACAUAGACCUCUCCCCAUCGGCAUCCCGUUGCACCAUCAAUCUCCAAGACCACGAGACUAGCUGCAGUGCCUAUAGACUCGAAUUCUAGGGAUUGGCAGCCUGCUCAGCCGUGAUUGUCGAGUUCUGAGCGGAGCCCGAGGUGUAACGCCGUCGCUUUUCGUUUACGGACUCGUUUCCCGUCGAAUUGAUCGAGUACGCGCCCCGUCUUUACACUCUGUGUGCCUAAAACUGUGUGCGCGACUCCUGAAACUCGGCGAUAGCUUCGCUCUUAAGUCUUAAGGGGAGGCGAUAACCGUUUAGGACUUUCAUUCAAUUUCCUUUGUUCGCACAUAUUCGAUUGGAAAGAAAAAGAAUGCAAAAUCACCUUCGACCGGUAAAACGGGCUUGGAUUGUUAAGGCUCGUUUUAUCGGUCGAGUACCGGUUUCAAAAGUCACAUUUCUUUUCGAUUCUUGACGAUUUCUAACGUCCUAUAAAAGACGUCGUCAAUUUUCCAAACGUUUCUUCGCGAAGCUAAAGAACGCGCAAAAUGCAACUCUGAGAAGUCUCUCCUUGAUACCGAAUAUUGGACAACUGAUUUUUUAUACGUCGAGUAAAGAAAACUAAGCUGCAUCAACUAUACUAAACAAUCAGGCAGUCACGAUGAAAAGAAAGAAACGACGUUGACGGCGAAGAAGAAUUCUUCGUAAAUUUCUGAAAUUUCUGUCAUUCGAGAGGUUAAUUAGAACUAUUGUUAUCUAGCCUGAUACGUGUUCCACGGCAAGUUUCCGUAAUGACAAUUAAAAAAUCAACUUUCUCGUUGUAAGUGUCUAUUCGUGUAUAGGUAAACGACUAAUAUACUUCCGGAUGUGUUAUAGAUAGGGAUUAUCUGUGUCCUAUUCACCUAUACCGUAGAGUGUAGAGGAUAGAGAUUCGAUGAGCGGUGAGUUGGAAAAAAAGGACGUGUCGGGUAUCAAUUGAACGAACUAAACGGAAGCGAAAGAAAAAUGUUUCUCGCGUUAAUGAUCGUCAUCGGUACAUGUACCGUGUUCUAUUUCGGAUACGUCACUCGAAUCCAUCUAGACGAGAAUUUAGCGAGGAAAGUCUUGGAUAUCUAGCGAAAAGCGAAAAACCGCGUCGCGUCGCGGUACGGCGAUAAAUAAACUCGUACAACAUCCAUCCAGCGGACAAAGUCCACGUUCGAUAAUUUUAUCCGAUCGAAAAUCUCUGAUUCACGGUGCUCCGUUUCGUUUGGGGAACGCCGCGAACAGAGCUGAUCGCUCCCCUAACGAAUUCCUUUGUAGAUAUUUUGUAGAAAAUCGAUAUUUCAUUUGAAACAAAUGAAAGAGAUACUAAUUCUGACGAUGAGAGUGAGAUAAGCGUGAAGCGAACAUGAUACACGCACCAUUUUGACACACGACCAAACGAUUAUUGCGCUGCUGAUUCUUGUCGGUUAAUAAGAAUUUUUAACAAACCGAAUAUACUUAUCCGAUGUACGGAUAUUAUUACACUUUCUUCGGAUCUCAUAGAGUCUGACGAUUCUGAUAUUUGCCCUCGAUAAAAAAAAAAAGUAAAAAAAAAUA